AUGCCGUCCCCGGUGGAGGCGCGAGCCGUGGAGGACAGGGUGCCCAUCCUCGCGGCAGAGGGCCACCGCGCUCCCCAGCCGACGUCCCGACGCUUUCGGCUAGUGGCUUCUGCGGCGGUCGUCGCGGUCCUGGCGGCGCUCGCGGUGGCUGCCCGGGGCGCGCCGGGCGGGGCGCCGGGCGGCGCCGGGCGGCCCUCGGUUGCGGAGGAGCUGCUCCACCCAGGCGACGGCGGCCACAGCACCGCUUCCGCGGACGAGCUGGCCCUGGUCCUCGAGGCGGAGGAGCCUCUCGUCGCCGCGGAGGACGCGCCGGCGGCGGCUGAGGGCGCGGAGGAGCACGACGGCGCCGAGGGGAGCGCGGGGGCAUCCCGGGCAACGGCGGCCGACGGCGCGCAGUUUGACUCUGCACGGCAAGAGAAGGACCCUGAGGCCCCGCUGCUCCUAGCCACGGACGGCACUGAGUUCAAGUUCCGCGUUCUGGUGAACGGCAGUGGGCUUGACACGUGGCCGACAGCGAAGGAGAUCAUCCUAGACAGCGGUGGCGCCUUCUUCUUCCAAUUGAAGGAGGGCAAGGUUGAAUUCGUGAUGCAGAUGCUCAACGGUGGGGAGCUCCAUGUAGUGGACACCCUCAAGAAAGAUCAGAUGAAUGUAGUCACUGUCAACAAGGUCCAGACCUCGUUGUGCAUGACAGUCGGCAUGAGCAUUAAGUGCGUUGAUGCCGACGGGCAGAUGAAGAUCCCGGGAUAUUUGAAAUGGGUGGACACUGACGGCACCGUCGCCAAGGAAUUCAUCCAGUUGGAGGGCUGCGUCCCGCUCUCGUUCGCGGUGAAUGGCAUCGUUGAUGAGAAGCUCGAUAGAACAACGGGAUCGAAGUCGGCGUAUCUGGAGUUCGAGAACGCCAUCCGUGCCUCCGUCGCGCUGGUCGGGGGCUUCGGCGUCGGCAAGGAGGACGUCACCGUGGCGCACGGCCAGAGCCCAAAUGGCCCGGACUCCACGACCAUACAGGCGACCGCGGCGAAGCUGGGCACGAGGGCGCCCUACGUGUAUCAGAACCUGCUGGCGGCGACGCCAGCUCCGGCGACGUCGCCGGGCCCCGUCGCUCGGCGCCGACUCUCGGAGGACGUAAGUCUGACGACAACGCUUGAGAAGCGCAUCAACGGUAUCCCCCAUCUGGACGACAUUGCCGCGGCUCCGGGAGAGGAGGUGACCGUGGGCAACGCGACCGUCCCCGCAGAACCUGUCAGCUGUGACGAGUUCGCCUGCGGCCCGUUCAUGAAGGAAAGGGGGGAUGCGGCCCGCAGAUUCGGGGCUCUCGGCCGCUGGCUGCCCUCCACAUUCAGCGGCGACCCGGAGAUGUUGCGAUCAUGCUACCACGGAGCUGUCACGGUCUCGGUGGAAGCACUGCACGGGUGGUUGAAGUGA